CAACUAUCUAUUCUACACAAUGGCUUCCCAAUCCGCCCUCCCAGUCUAUCACUAUCUCGACAUUGGCCGUCUUGGUCGCGGUGAAGUCGUCAAUCUGUUUUUGAAAGAUGCGGGCAUCGAGUUCAAAGAAGUCCGCUAUCCCUACGACGACACCUGGCCUGCCGCAAGUGAGAAGCUCCGGCAGAAGGGCAUCACGAGGACAGGCAAGGUGCCUGCAUUGGAGUACAAUGGCCUCAUUCUGACCCAGCACAUCCCGAUUCUCCGGUAUCUAGCUCGAGAGCUCGGUCAAUAUGAUGGUGAGACGAGCGGGGACAAGUAUUUUGUCGAUGCUGCCGCGGAUGUUUACAUCGACUGGAGGUACAACUGGGUGAACCAACUCAAGGGUGUCACAAAGGAUUUCACCAACGAGUUUUUGCCAUGGUACUACGACGUCAUCGCACAGUACUACGCGGAGCGUGAAGGACCAUACCUGCUCGGCGACAAGAUUACAUACGUCGACUUUGCGGUUUAUCAGUCUCUUGACAACGAUCAAAGGAUCGGUGCCAAUCCACCGAAACUUUCGGGUCCUCUUCUGAAGCUUAAGGAGGCAAUUGAGGCCAGACCUAAGAUCGCUGCAUACCUGAAGGAGAAUCGCGUUGGCGGAGUCUAAGCCGUGAUUGAAGAAACAUAUCUUCCGGAGAGAAAGCUCCUGUCUUGAGAUUUUAACUCCAUGGGUUUGGAUUCAGGUUCGCUCAGGAUUCCUGCUGUCAUGAUUGGCGAUCACUCUUGACUGGGUAGGAUCAUGAUGGAUGCGGGAUAGAACGAUGAGAGUUAAACAAAUACUACGAUUGGUUAUAAUCUGGCA